AGACGAAGAAGAAGAGAAAGGCCCGGAACAGGAAGUGCAUGUUCACCGGUCCCAUGUGUGGCUGUUCACUUGUUCAUUCAUUUGUUUUUCCAAGCGGCAACUUUAGCAGUAAUUUAAACUUAUCUUCCUCAUCAACAUCGGUGUGUUUUAGCGAGACGAUCAGUUCGAUUCGCUCUGAAACUCACCGGAGACGCAAACUGAGCUGCUUCCUCUAAAGGAAACAUUGGCGCUAGUUAGCUGACGCAGGACUCGCGCUCAAGUUGUUUGCCCAAUCACAACAAGUGCAGUUCGGUAUCUGGAUGAAAAGUGCUGUGGACACAAGCAUGGUGAAGGAGAACCGGUGGAACAUCCCCCCCAACGCCCCAGCGUGCAUGGAGAAGCAUCUGUGCGCGGCGGAGUACCGAGCAGAUGGCAGCCUGCUGCUUGGUGCCUCCAGCCUCUCUGGCAGGAGCUGGCAGGGAUCAGUGUGGAUCUACAGUGACCCCGAGAAGGCCCCCAACGAGGGGUUCUGCAAAGCUGGUGUGCAGACUGAGGCUGGGGUCACGGAUGUCAAGUGGGUGACGGAGAAGGGUGUUGUUGUUGCAUCGGACUCAGGUGCCUUGGAGCUGUGGGAGCUGGCGGAGGACGAGGGUCUGCUCGUGAAUCGCUUCACCAAACAUGAGCACGAUGACAUUGUCACCACUGUCAGUCCCAUAACUGGAGCGAACAGCGUUGUCACUGGCAGCAUGGACUGCAGAAUCAAAGUAUGGGAUCUCAGUCAGGAGACAGUUGUCACCACCUACAAUGUUCACACAGAGCCGGUCAGAUGUGUCGCCUGCAGUCCCACAGACGAGUCUCUCUUCAUCUCCUGUGGUCAAGAUGGACGUGUGCUGAUGUGGGACCGGAGGAAGCCAGACAAACCUGCAUCAAAAAUCGUCACAGAGGGAGACACCCCCACCUGCGCCCCCACCAUUGUAGUUUGGCACCCCCACCACAGAAGCACCAUUGCUUUUGGUGAUGAACUGGGUAGAGUGACGCUGAAGGAUUUCCAGGGAACACAACCGGCGCGGGUAGAGAACAUUCACAGCCGCAGAAUUAAUGCUCUCGCCUUCUCCACACACAGUGACCCCAUGCUUGCCACAGUUAGUGAUGACUGCUCCAUUGCUGUUUUGAACUCUGACCUGCAAGAGAUGCUGAGAGAUCGGCGACACAAGGACUUUGCCAAAGGUGUGAGCUGGCGCCACGGUGGCUCCGACACCCUCACGACUGUGGGCUGGGAUCAUCUUGUGCUUCAUCACACUGUGGUUCCAGCUCCCGAAGCUCCCAACCCCUCCUCUUAGACCCAGCACAUGGUCACACACCCUGGAAGAGCACGAUCGACACAGUCACUAUACUCACCCCUAUUUGUCAGGGGUGCAUCGAAAAAGUUUAAAACUAACAUGUCAGAGAGGAAAGAUGGAUUGAAGUGCUUCAUUGUCAUCCAGUACUCCAGAUAUGUGCACAAUAUUUAGCCUUGGUGCAUUACCGCUCUUUUCUGUCAUGGUCUCUGUCUCGCUCUCCAUUUCUUUCAUACUAUAUAGUAUUUCAUUCAUGUUUAAUUACACUUGAGUCAACCCAUUUGUAUUGCAUAAUUUUACAUUAAAGGAAACUUGAUGUUGUGACGGCAA